CAAUAUUAUAAUAGAGAUACCAAAUCCCUGACCCAACGUUUUCAGCCCAUCUGCAUCAAAAAUCUAGACUACACCGUCCCAACCCUAAACUUUAGAAAGUUGUCAGCUUUCUCACUCAUACGAAUUUUGACGCUCGAAUUGAUCUUCAAAGCUCGUUUCAGUUGGCAGGAGGAAAAUAUAUACAUCAUACAGUUCAAAUUGGGGUUCUCUCAAGGCCCUUUUUAGAAAGGGUCAAGCUAUGUCAUAAAUUCGCUAAAGGCGGCGGCUGAAGAAGCCGGAUCGUUGUAUCUAGAAAUCGCGUGGAAGAUGGCAUUUUAUUCAGAGGAACAACCAGCUGAGGAUUAUCUCUUUAAGAUAGUAUUAGUUGGCGAUUCUGCUGUCGGGAAAUCCAAUUUGCUUGCAAGAUUUGCUAGAGAUGAGUUCUACCCGAAUUCAAAGUCAACUAUAGGUGUAGAGUUUCAAACACAGAAGAUUGAGAUAAAUGGAAAGGAAAUAAAAGCACAGAUCUGGGACACUGCUGGUCAGGAGCGGUUCAGAGCAGUUACAUCAGCAUACUACAGAGGUGCUGUGGGGGCUCUUUUGGUGUUUGAUAUCAGUAGACGCCAAACAUUUGAUAACAUCGGCAGAUGGCUCAAUGAACUUCACACACAUUCCGAUAUGAAUGUGGUUACAAUACUUGUAGGUAACAAAUCUGAUCUUAAAGAUGCAAGAGAGGUGUCAACUGCUGAAGGGAAGGCUUUGGCCGAGGCACAAGGUCUAUUCUUUAUAGAGACUUCUGCUUUAGAUUCAUCCAAUGUUGCUGCUGCUUUCCAGACCGUUGUUAGAGAAAUUUACACCAUCUUGAGCCGCAAAGUGAUGCAAUCUCAUGAGCUAAAGAAGAAUGACUCAUCGUCAUUGAGUAAUGGGCGUACAGUAGUUCUGCAAGAAGAUGAAAAUACUACUGUUGAGCAGCCCAGGUCAGCGGCUGGUUGUUGUAGUUCUUAACCCUGAUAUAGUGUGAUGACGAUAAUGGUGUCUCUUUGCUUUUAGAAUCCACUGUCAAUUGUAGUUAUUUCAUUUAUUUGUCACUGGACGGUAUGAAGGAAUACAUAGUGUAAAUUUUAUUGAAGGGAAUAUUGAAAUACUGGGUCUUUCUGUGUUGUAAUCUUUCAAAUUAUACAGUGUAGCCAACCUUUUUAAAAUGGUACACAGUACAAAUCACCUUUUCUAA